CAGAGCGCUCGCUGCAAGAAGCCUAGCUCAGUUUUAGCGUCUUUAGUGUAUGUGCUGCUGGGGGGGGUUAGGGGUUGGGGUUAGGGUCCACUCCUCACAUAGACCGGAGUUCCGUGUGUACUGCGUCCACGAGGAGUGUCUGUCUCCCUCCGCGCGGUCACCUGCGCACUAAUUAACUAGUCGAGCGUUAAUUACAACGAUGGUGGGAAGAAAUGCUGAACGCGCAGUCCUGGAGCUUCGGCCUCUAUUCACCAUUCCCACCGUCAGAUAAACGCUUGUUUCAGCAUAAUAUGAACUAUUUCCUGCGGAGGCUGCGGCGCACGGCCCCCUCAGGCGGGGAUAGCCGUAAUGAGUUGGUGGCCCCACCCCUGCAAUCACGGGUUAACGGGUGGUCCCUUCCCCUCAAUGGUUUCCAACUAGUUGCUUGGAUCAUCUACUGGUACCUGGCCAUUGUGGUAUUUGGCAUCUACAUCCCACUUCUGCCAUCACCAUGGGCCACCGUAUCUUACUGUGUGAUCGGCUGCUUCUUCUUCUUUCACAUCGUGACUCACCUGGUAGCCACGACUAUCGACCCGGCCGACGCCAAUGUCCGUGCAAAGAAAAACUAUGAAGACCCUAUGCCUGUCCUGGACAGGACAAAGCACCCCCAUGUUAUCCAAAACCUGCACUGUUACCUGUGUGACGUCGAUGUGGGCCCCAGGGUGAAACACUGCAGUAAUUGCAACAAGUGUGUAGCAGACUUUGACCAUCACUGCAAAUGGCUGAACAACUGUGUGGGUGGAAGAAACUACUGGUGCUUCUUUAUUACUGUUGCAUCUGCUGCCCUGGGAAUUUUGCUGCUUAUUUUAAUUGUCCUCUUUGUCUUUAUUGAGCACUUUACGAACCCUGCCAAUCUCCGCACAUCGCCCCACUUUCACAGCUUGCGAGAAAAUGACACGUGGUUGGUCUUCCUGCCACUGGCGCCGUUGGAGACGAGCUCCACAGGCAUCCUGGUACCAGCUUUCAUCACGGUCAUGUUGGGUUUGGCCUCCCUGUUGCUGCUGGGCCAUUUAUUGGGCUUCCACAUCUAUCUGUUGGCCAACAAGAUGAGCACUUACGACUACAUAGUGAAGCAGCGUCAGAGUCGCAGCUCACAGAGGUCGGAGGUUGGGACCACCCAGUCCAGAACCGCUGACAGAGCCUCGAAAAUGCCCCAAGUGGAAACAUCCAUUGACUGUGAUGCCUCGCUGUCUGGCAGAGUCAGUGCUUUAAGGUAUCAGGAUGAGGGGCUGUCGGGUGGCCUUUGUGCGGAGAUGGAUGGUUUUCAGCCAGCAGAGGCAACAUCAGAGGCAAUGUUUCAUUAUGGUUCAAAACCAGCAAUACAGCCUUUGCCAGAAGGGGUUGCCAUGGAUGACCCUAUGACCUGCAACCAAGACGGAGAUUUGAGGACACCAAGCCAGCAGCAGAGAAGCAAGGGGUGUCUGGAGAGUAUCCCUGUUGUCCAGAACCCUUUGGAAAGCUCCAUCAUGGAACCUGCAGUGGCUCUUCAGCAGCUGUACUUAGAGGCGUCAUCCGUGCACCCCCAGCAGAAGUGGUCUUUUGAAGAACUGCCCUAGGGAGAUACAGGAGGAGAUGCUCCUUCCCCCUGGAAACACAUGAGCUGUUAUUCAGUUGCCUUCUUUGGGUCCCAGUGGACUGGGCAGAAAAGUCCUAGUCCCUUCCUACCGUAGGUGUUUCGAACAGUGAAGAGCUUGGUGAUUAUAUCACAAGUGGAGUUGGGUACAUUAAUUCUGAACUGGAAAAAAAAUGUGGAGUCAGUUGUGUCCCAGGUAGUGGAACUAAAACGCUGCUUUAGAACCUCCAAUACAGGAAAGUCCACCAUGUGGAAGUUAACGCACUAAAUACUUUAAAAUCAUCAAGCAAGUUGAACUCCUUCCGGUUUCCUGAGGAACUAUGCUCAUGCUGAACUGACUUUUAGUCAUGACACAUACGGAAAUAAUGCCUUGACACAGUGAAAGCAGUAAAAAAAAAAAAAAAAUCUUGAACAAAUAUAUUUUAUGUAUCUGUUUUAUGUCU